CACGUUCUUGCAGUGUCAUGUAUUUUUGGUCUCCAUACAAGUGUCUGGUGGGUGUCUUCAAUUUGGUGUCAGUCCAGACAAAUCUUCAAGGAGGCGGCCGGCGCAGAAGCCAUAAUCCAGAUUGUCUCGCGGUGGGGUGGCCAUUCGAAUGGAGAGCGAGUGAGAGCCUAGCAACGAAGAGGGGGCUGAUGAAGGCUGCUGCGACGAUCUCCAUGAACGGCUAGUUACAUGAAUAUCCAGUGUGUUGUUACUACAAAGUAUCGCUCGAGGAGCGUUGCUUCGACGCCCGUAAACGAGUCUAUCAGCCGUGACAUCAGAUCGAUCUCGCCCGAUCCUCAGGCUCUCCCCAUCCUCUUUUACGUUUGCCUCACAUCUUUCGGUCAGUCUCCAUUCUCGAAUUUGCAGCGGGGCGUCAACAGCAAACAGCAAGUGCAGCAGCCUCACAAGAGCUUCCAGCUUGUCCAGUUCUACAGCACACAGCCAAGGAAUGAAGACCUACACGAUCGCGACUCUGGCAGCGGCGCUCCUGGCGAGUACUGCGACGGCCAACAAUACCACUACUACCAACACCACCACCACGGUCUCGGGUUGCUGGGAGGUGAGUGUGGAGCACGACGCCACGUACUGUAUUGAAGGCCCUAUCUGCAGCGGCUCCGGUCUUGAGCCUACGGGCUCGCGCUGCCCUGUCAAGGGCGAUGUGGCCACGGCUGACUGCUACGACUACCUGGCCAGCUACUCUAGCGGUGGCUCCUGCGAGCUGCCCGUAGACUCUACGUGCCAAGUGAUCAAGACGGGCGCGUGGGGCUGCGUGCUCUCGUCGGGCGGAAGCGCCAGUGGCCAGGGCACAGUUGAGGCUGGAAGCGGCAGCGCUGCCGCCAACGUCACCAUGCUGGCUGCUGAGGAGAGCAAGAAGUCGGAAAGCGGCUUGGGGGGCGGUGCCAUUGCCGGUAUCGCCGCUGCUGCUGGCUGCGUUGCGGCUGUGGCCGGCUUUGCGCUGUACAAGCAGCACCAGAAGCACUCGGCGGAGGCAGCGGAGCGCGCCUAUCUCGAGACGUUUGUCGAUGUCGUGACCCCGUAAAUGGGAUUGAAAGGGGGUCGACGCAGGAGGCGGUAGGUCGCCUACGGUCUGUUACGCUAGGACGCGUCUCGAACUGAAGAAGGACGUCGAGUUGAAUCUCUCAGGCGUGUCAAGCUGUCGAUUCCCAGCAGCUAGUAGUUCGUCGUCUUCUUCGCCUAUUUUGAAUCUUUUUUUUUUAAUAUGACACGCAUCGUGGGUAUUCGUUUUAAUCGAGUCAUCAAGAUAUUUGGACACAUUGUUGGAAGUGUCGUCAUGGGUGUAUUACGCACUUACGUCACUAGAUCAGGUAAAGCAUUUUCAUAACGAAAUUAAGGGUUUGGCUCGACAAUCCAAGAACGUUCAAGACAGAGAGUGUACUGUGGAGGACUGGAGAUUGAUGCAGUA